AUGCAGGCCCAACUCUGGAUCACUCACUUAUUUGCCAAACACAAGCUUCCUCGGGCGCUGCGUCCCGAAGACGAGCCACAUUACCAGUUGCGCAGUGUGCCAGGAGCACGUAUCCGGUACGGCGUAGACCACGAAAGCUAUGUGUACCAGCUGGCCCUUGAUAUGGACGCUGCACCUGGUCUCGCAGACGUCAUGUGCUUGGGCUCGCUGAGGCUGCUUCUUAUCUGGACACUUGGUGCCAACUUCAACACCAAGUUUCGUCUCCGGGGCCCGUGGAAGUGGAAAGGCGGGUAUGCUUUGCUAAUUUCGGACGAGUUCUGGACCACAAUCUCGAGGCGUCCAGUCAUCUUCGGUGCGGUUCUUGGCAAGCUUGGCGUGUAUUCAGGCUAA